CCUUACUGCGUGAUGCAUGGAUCGGCGAUUGGCCGCGAGAAGGGAAGGAGAAACGCCUUUGUGUAAUCACCGCUUUCUCAUUGGUCGCCUCUGCUGUCCGUAUCCCCGUGUCAAUCGAGGCUGCUCUGUCGUUUAUAUUGACUAAGAAGUCCCCAAAGCGCCUGAACUCUUUGUAGUUGGUUCCCACUUCAUUUGCUUUUUCAGCCCUUUUCCUACGAGAGUUCCAAGGGAACAACUUUAUUGCUUUUCUUCCUGUCACUAUCCAGCAUCACAGAGCAGCCUGGGUAUAAAUCUAUUUGUAUAGCAAGUAUGGAGUUGAACUCUCUGUUAAUCCUCCUGGAGGCAGCUGAAUAUUUGGAAAGAAGAGACCGAGCAGAACAUGGCUAUGCAUCAGUUUUACCAUUUGACAGUGAUUACUCCUUGAAAAAAACCAAAGCAACCUCCUCCAUAUCUAGGAAAUCUCAGAACAACAGAGAAGCACAGAUGGGGCUGACAUUUCCAACAGGGGACUUGCUUAGUUUGCUGGGGAUAGUGAUGCUUUUAAAGGGAUGUUGGCCUUUGAGGUCAUCGCACAAUGAAUUAGAAAAACACAGGCGAGCAAAAUUACGGUUAUAUUUGGAGCAGCUAAAGCAACUCGUGCCUCUUGGGCCAGAUAGCAACAGACAUACUACUCUAAGCCUCCUGAAAAGAGCCAAAAUGCACAUAAAGAAACUAGAAGAACAGGACCGAAAAGCUCUUAAUGUUAAGGAACAGCUUCAGAGAGAACAUCGCUACCUCAAGCGCCGUUUGGAGCAGCUCUCCAUACACGGGAUGGAACGCAUGCGCACCGACAGCAUGGGCUCCAUUAUAUCCACCGAUUCUGAACAAGAGGUAGACAUUGAAAGCAUGGAGUUCACGCCAGGGGAAAUAGACAGUAUUGGCAGUGACGUUGAAGACCACUACAGUUUGCAGAGCGGCUCCAGCAAUGGUGGAUAUACACAUUCCCUGAGGCUCAAUUCCAGACUUUCAUAGUGGCCUGAACACUGGACCAACUCAGGAUCACCAAGCUGAAGGCACUUAUAAAGAGAAAACAAUGAAAAAAAAAAACUUAAAAAAAGAAAAGUUGCUGAUACGUCAACUGUCACUUGGAAGGGCUGCACAUGCUCAGUCCUAACUAGGAGCUUUUAUUUGCUGAGGCCCCUUGCAGUGUAACCACACCACUACAGAUGGCAACAAGGCACUCUGUUGUAGAAAAAAAAAGAAAAGUACAUUGUGGAACAGGCAGUUUUAGCAUAGGGUAGAGAGGGCAUUUGCCAUAUAGGAGGGGAG